UGUGUGUAAGAUAAAGCUAUUUUAUUUUGGAGUUGUAUGUGUGACUAUGAAGCUCCCACGUCUCACCUCUCAACGUAUGAUUUAUUCCAUUCCGACAGAACUUUUUUCUUUCCGUCACUUAUUUAGUUUCUCUUUCUUUAAGUGUGAAAACUCUCAACACUGUAAAUACGCGUUUCCCCUGAACGACUCACCAUCACGAUCCUCUCUAAUGGCUUCUUCUUCGUGUUCCUCGGCUCGCACCUGGAGAUACCGCGUCUUCACUAGCUUCCACGGACCAGAUGUCCGUAAAACAUUCCUCAGUCAUUUACGCAGACAGUUUAACUUCAACGGAAUUACCAUGUUCGAUGACCAAGGGAUCGAGAGAAGCCAGAUAAUUGCUCCUGCACUCACGCAAGCGAUUAGAGAAUCUAGGAUCUCCAUCGUUGUGCUAUCAAAGAGGUAUGCUUCAUCGAGCUGGUGUCUUGAUGAGCUGUUGGAGAUUUUGAAAUGCAAGGAUGAUAUCGGGCAAAUAGUGAUGACGGUCUUCUACGGUGUAGAUCCAUCUGAUGUUCGCAAACAGACUGGUGAAUUUGGGGUCGCUUUCAAUGAAACUUGUGCUCGUAAAACAGAGGAGGAGAGGCGAACAUGGAGCCAAGUUUUGAACUAUGUGGCCAACAUUGCCGGAGAACACUUCCUAAACUGGGAAAAUGAAGCGAUAAUGAUUGAGAAGAUUGCAAAAGACGUUUUAGAUAAACUGAAUGCAACACGGUGUAGGGAUUUUGAUGGUAUGGUGGGACUUGAGGCUCAUCUGAGUGAAAUCCAGUCUUUGCUAGAUUUAGAUUAUGAUGGAGUUAAGAUGGUGGCAAUCACUGGUCCUGCUGGGAUUGGUAAGACAACCAUUGCCAGAGCUUUACAUGGUCUACUCUCUAAUAGGUUUCAACUUAGUUGUUUUGUCGACAACCUUAGGGGAAGCUAUCAUAGUGGUUUUGAUACGUAUGGUUUGAAGUUGCAUUUGCAACAACAGUUUCUUUCAAAGGUUUUGAACCAAAGUGGAAUGAGAAUAUGCCAUUUAGGCGCAGUAAAAGAAAAUCUAAGCGACCAGAGAGUGCUAAUCAUUCUUGACGAUGUGAACAAUCUAAAGCAAUUGGAGGCUUUGGCAAAUGAAACUACAUGGUUUGGUCCUGGAAGUAGGAUUGUGGUUACCACAGAAAACAAAGAACUUUUGCAGCAACAUGGUAUUAACAAUACCUACCAUGUGAGGUUUCCAUCUAGAAAAGACGCUCUCAAGAUCUUGUGUAUAUAUGCUUUUCGACAAACUUCUCCAUGUCAUGGUUUUGAAGAGCUUUCAGAACGUGUAACAGAGCUUUGUGGUAAGCUUCCGUUGGGUCUUUGUGUCAUGGGUUCAUCUUUACGCGGGAAGAAGGAAAACGAAUGGGAAGAUGUUGUGAGCAGGCUGGAAACAAUUCUUGAUCGAGAUAUUGAAGACGUACUAAGCGUUGGCUAUGAAAGUUUAGAUGAGAAUGAGCAAACGCUAUUUCUCCAUAUUGCAGUCUUCUUCAACUAUAGAAAUGGCGAUCUUGUGGAAACCAUGUUCGCUGACAGUGACUUGGAUGUCAAAUACGGGUUGAAAAUCCUUGAAAACAGAUCUCUCAUUGAGAUGGAGAUAUUUGCAUAUGGGAGAAAAAUAGUGAUGCACAGAUUACUACAACAACUGGGUAAAAAAGCCAUUCACAAACAAGAGCCUUGGAAACGCCAAAUCUUAGUAGAUGCUCCAGAGAUUUGUGAUGUUCUUGAAUAUGCCAAAGGUACUAGAGCUGUGUCUGGUAUAUCAUUUGAUAUAUCUAAUAUCGAUGAUGUUUCUAUCAGCGAGAGAGCUUUUAAGAGGAUGCCCAAUCUACGAUUCCUGAGAGUGUAUAAAAGUAAAAGUGAUGGGAAUUAUAGAAUGCAUAUACCAGAGGAGAUGGAGUUUCCGCGUCGUCUAAGGUUACUAGAAUGGGAGGCAUACCCAAGCAAGAGUCUUCCUCCUACGUUUAAUCCUAAAUAUCUUGUUGAACUUGAUAUGCAGCAAAGCGAGCUUGUAAAGCUCUGGGAAGGACCUCAGGCCCUUACAAAUCUCAAGAAAAUGAAUUUGUCAGCCUCCUACCAUUUGAAGGAACUCCCGGAUCUUUCAAGCGCUACAAAUCUGGAGGAAUUGAAUCUGGAGUAUUGCGAGAGUUUGGUAGAGAUUCCAUCCUCUUUUUCUCAUCUUCAUAAACUAAACGAGUUGUGGAUGGAUAACUGCAUAAACCUACAAGUCAUUCCAGCUCAUAUGAACUUGGCAUCCCUUGAAUGGGUCACUAUAAAAGGAUGCUCAAGAUUGAAAAAUAUUCCACUUAUGUCGUCGAACAUCAUCACACUGAAUAUGGUGGAGAAUGGAGAUGUGCAUCCAUCAAUCAGGCUUUGCUCUCGUCUCGAGUCAGUUAAUCUAGGAAACAGUGGAAAGCUCAAGGGUUUAACACAUCUCCCCAAAAGCGUCACAUAUCUAGACCUAAGCAAUUCUGAUAUUGAAAAGAUUCCAGAUUGCAUCAAAGCUCUUCAUCGGCUAGAAUACCUUUUUCUAUGUGGCUGCAGAAGACUCGCAUCAUUGCCAGAGCUCCCUCGCUCGCUCGUGUCCCUAAAGGCAGGUGGCUGUGAAUCAAUGGAGACCGUAUUUAGCCCUUUCAACACUCCAGAUGCGCAACUCAAAUUCACCAACUGCUACAAAUUGAGCCAACAAGCAACAAGAGCAAUUAUACAACACUCGUUUCAUUGCGCGAAGAACUAUUAUCCAAAACCGAGUAUGUUUUAUAUUCCCGGGACAUCGCUCUUACCUGGAAGAGAAGUGCCUGCAGAGUUUGAUCACCGAGCCAUGGGAAACACAUUGACUGUUAUUCUCGAUGUUAACAGGUCUUACGGUCGCUUUGUGUUUUGUGUCGUGAUUUCCCCUAAACAGCAAACCACAAUCGAUGACCCUCUUCCCACAUUAUAUUGUCGUUGCAUAGGUCAAAGCUACUUACACCCCUUCAAGUUUGUGCCCACUGAUCGCAUAGACUUUGAAAGGAAACAUCUCUUUACAUUUCGGUCUGGCUGGAUAAUAAAUAAAGAUCCCUCUCAAGUGAACAAAGAAUCUGAUGACUUGAGAGUAUUCUACCGACCUGAAGUGAACACAGAGAUGAUGUUCGAAUUCAGCAGCGAGUAUGACGACUUCGACAUUGUUGAAUGUGGUGCCAAGAUCUUGACCCAAGAAGAAAGCAUCGCAGGGAGCUAUGAAUCUGAAUCAGAGCAAGUGUUUGGAGGCAGCAAUGAGUUAGAAGAAGCCAUUGUAGACGAUACAGAAUACAAUGAAGCUACAAAUAUCGACGGCGAAACAUACACAGGUUGUUGGAGUUGGCUCUUCGUCUGCUUUGAUCUCUUGGUUUCAGGGAGAAGACGAUAGACGAAUCCAGAACUUGGUGACGUGAAAGCACGAGAGCAGUCUCCUGUAGCAAUCUCUAAGAGGAGCUCCUCACCAAGAACAUGGUCUUCUGUCACGUAGCUAAAGACGACUUAUACCCCGUCGAGAUCUCCAUCUUCGAAGGCGAUGUCCCCCCCAAAUUUCGAAGGGAACAUUUAUUUAUAUUUACCAUUCACCAUCGCUCGCCAUGUAUCGAUCCCUCUGAGGUAAAACAGGGAGAUAGUAUUUGAAUUCAGCAGCGAAUUACAAGAAUUGGAUAUUAUUGAAUGUGGUGCUCAGAUCUUGACGGACGAGUGGGACUAUGAAUUUGGAUUGUACCAGGACGACGACGUUGGGUUUGAAUCCAGCGAAGCCUCUGAAGACGACAUUGGGUUUGAAUCCAGCGGAGCCUCUGAAGACGACACCGAACAAGGUGACUCCAAAGAAGACGAGCAUCUUCGAACAGACGACGUCGUCCCCCAAACCAAAGCUUCCGUUAAACGACAUAUCGGAAGCUUGAUUUGGGAUGAGUAUAUUAUAUAAACGGAAGCUUUGGUUUGGGGAAGAUGAUGAUAACAUAUGGGCUUAUGCUGGGCCUAUAAGAAAAAAGUCUUCGUUA